ACUCCGUGGAACCCUCGAUUCCUUCUCCCCUCUGUUCCUGCGCCGCUCCGAUUCCCCCCUCUCCUCCUCGGCGUCCGCCGUAGCCGGCGCCAUCGAACCAAUCCGAACAGCGUGCGCCCCGUAGAUCGGCAACCCCUGAGAGGUUGUCAUUGUUUCUGUUGGUUGCCGUGUCCCCACGGUUUCGAUUCGGUUCGAUGAUGACGGGGGCGACCAAGAAGGUCGGAUUCAGCGAGGAAGAUGUCUCUUUGCUUCUGCAAAGGUACAGCCCAGCAGUGAUACUUACUCUUCUCCAAGAGGUUUCUCAGGUUGCUGAUGUUAGUAUCGACUGGAGUGCACUGGUCAAGAGAACUGCCACUGGAAUUACUAAUGCUCGCGAGUACCAGAUGCUGUGGCGGCAUUUGGCCUACCAUCAUGCAUUGCUGGAGAAGACAGAUGAUGCAGCUGAGCCUUUGGAUGAUGAGAGCGAUCUUGAACUAGAAAUAGAAGCUGUGCCUGCUGCUAGUGGUGAAGCCUUAUCUGAGGCUGCUGCAUGUGUCAAGGUUUUGAUCUCAUGUGGCCUGCCACGUGAACCAGGCUCCACAAAUCGGACAAAUCUAGAAGCUCCCUUGGCUGUAAAUAUAUCCAGUGAUCAAAGGUUACAUCUCCCGUCAGACAAACAACUGCUCUCUCGGGUUAACCAUGAAAGUAGCAGUGCAAUUACUUCUCUCCAGAAGCAACCCCUGCCAGCAGGAACUUUUGCUCAUGUAUCAGAUGGAAAUGAUAAAAAAAGGAGGAGAACAUGGACCGAAGAGGAGGAUAUGGAAAUCAUAUCUGCAGGGCAGAAGUUUGGUGAAAGGAAUUGGGCAAACACUAUUAAAGGAGAUCACCAACAAGGCAGAAAUGCUUCACAGAGAUGGUCCGUCAUUCGGAAGCAUGAUGCCAACUCACUAGCAGGUUCCAGCAACAAGUCCGCCAGCUCGACCCGAUCUGAGGAGAGGCUGGCGGCGGCACAAAAGGCAAUUUCCUUGGCUCUUGAUGUGCCCAAAUCUGCGAAAUUAUCAGCUGUACUAUCAGGUGGAACACAAUUAAUCUCAGCAGCUAGUUCUUCUGCACCUUCAGCUGUGCCAUCUGAAGGAUUGCCAGUCUCAACUCAACCACUUAAUCAACUUCGGGAAGCUUCCACUCCUGCAACAUCUAAAAAGAUGAUAGUUAACACUUUGAACAAAUCUCGGACAACCCAAAAAAAGUCCAUGGCCCUUGUGAAGCCUUCUACCGGUCCAAGUUCUCUGAUACAAGCUGCUGCAUUUGCUGCAGGGGGUCGCAUUGCCACACCUUCCACUGCUGCCUCUUUGUUCAAGGCUGCACAAUCAAAAAAUGCUGUUCAUAUCAGGCCUCGCGGAGGUUCUCAAUCUUCUACAAUUAACAACGUUAAAUCACUGGCUGUUACUAACACAACAGGCCUGCAGCCUGCUAGUGUCCACUUCAGCAGACCUGCUAUUACCAUGGCUGUGCAACCUCCAGAAAAUGCAGUUUCAUCAUCAGCAACUUGUGUGAGGCAUGGGGGGCAGCAAGCGCAAGGCUGCUUUCAAGGAGUUACAAACAAUCCUCCAGACACAGUUUCACAUGAAAUGGCUGAUUUGUCUGAGAGAAAGGAUGAUAUUGAUAUCUCUGCCAUUGAUGUGGAUGAGAUAUUGGCUGCAGACAUAAAAUAUGCAUCUGAGAUGGAAUCGGAUGAUAUAAUGGCUGAUGAACCUCAGACUGAUCUGCUGAAUUUGGUUACGGAUGCAACUGAGGACAAUGAAUCAGAAGCAAAUGUGGACAAGCAGAAGGAUCUUCCCUCUGAUGCUAAAACUACUGAGAACAAAGCCUUGGAAGUCCAUGAUAAUGGAGAUAACACAUCGGUUGAGAAGGGGACUGCAUCAUUCAAUGCCGAGGUUGGUAACACUUCACCCGUGGAGAAAUUGGAUAGUCAGAAUCAUAUUAUUAAUCAAGAACAGUUAACUGGUGUGGAAAUUAUGGCUGAUGAGGUCAAGAAGGGAUGCAAUGAAGUCAACCAACAUGCGCUUCCAGAGGACACUGCAUCAGGCAGCAAAAGACAUGCCACCAAUGACUGUGAUAUCUCAACAAAUGACAAACAGUAAGUUAAUGAGCAUCAUAGGUCAUGGCAGACAAGUUUUAGGACCUCGGCCACGAGUAUUGGAGCCUGCAAAUGGCGAUCCCGUGGAACCUGAAUCUGACUGCAUCAGAUGGCGCCAGUUUGGGGUGCAAUGAGUGUCUUUUGUUGGUCUGAAGGUUUUACCAUCCAUCUCGAAAUCGAGAAACUGACGCUAGUUCAUUAUGCAGCAUGUUCUGUCCAUAAAAUUAUGCUGGUAACUGAGAAAGAGACAGAAGAACUAAUUUUAUUUCUGAGCUUUUGGUUGCUUAGCCAUCUUUUAUAAAGAAAAGAUGUAAAUAGAUACUGUACCUUGUAAUUUUUCCUUGGAAGUGAAUCGGUGAACUCUACGGAUGCAUUUGCUUCUCA